CAGAGAGAGGGAGAGAGUGAUCAUGGCGGAUGAUAAGGUUCCAGAAAGGUUCGAGUUGCUAGAGCAAACAAUUGAACAGUUUGUAGAAACAACACGUCAAAUAGGAAUCAUUGUCAGUGAUUUUCAACCUGGAAGUCAAGGUGUUCUUAAUCAGAAAAUAAACUCGAUGAUAGACAACAUGAGGGAAAUAGAGAAAUGUAAAGCACAUGUUCAAGAUGUAGAGGUUCCGCUGGAAGUAUUUGAGUACAUAGAUCAGGGAAGAAAUCCUCAGCUGUAUACUAAAGACUGUCUUGAGAAAGCACUAGAAAAAAAUCAGCAAGUGAAUGGCAAAAUAGAUGCUUACAAGAACUUCAAGUCACUUCUUGUUGACGAACUUUCAAAGCAUUUUCCCAAGGAAAUUGAUGAAUACCAGAACAUCAAAGAGCGGCAGAUGAAGACAUGAUUCUGGAUUGAGAUUCUAUUUUAUUAGAAUGUAACCAGUUUGUAAAUAAUUAUGUAAAUAAAAUCCUGGUUGGCAGCUAAA